AUGUCAGAGGAACAAUUCAAGCAGAGAUGGCUAUACACUCCUUUUAACGCUCAACUUAUCGACAAAACCGUUUCGUUCUACCCCAAACCUAAGAUCUCUCCCGAUGAGCGACCGGAGAUCCAGGCUCACCUUGCCGACUCUGAGAAGCAGCAGCUUUCUUCUCUCCACCGAGGACACCUUGGUAUUCCAGAAGAAAUUCUCAAAGCAGGAGCUUCUCAGUACGCCACUAUGUGCUCUAAUAUCAAUAAUAAGUUUAUGCUUUGCAAGCAAGAAACUCAUGGUGACCCCAGAGCCUGCCUAAAGCUCGGCAACGCUGUGAGCGAUUGCGCUGGUGAAUUCUUCCGAGAAGCGCUCAACCGAUGCAACAAAGAGCUCCUUGACUAUUCUGACUGCAUGGAGCAGGAUCCAAGAAGACGUCCCGUAUUCUGUAGACGAGUUCAGCUCACCUGGGACAAAUGCGCGCUUGAGAAACUUGGCUUAGAUAAGCAAUUCUGGACUUCUCCCGCUGGCCCAGUAGUCGAAGGCACUGUCCCCGCCAAGCCCAAGAACCCUCUUCAACUCAAGCCAACCGUCCGAAUGGACGACCCCGUUGAGGUCAAAUUCUAG